AUGUUCGGUGAUACAUUUUUUGUUAGUAUGAUUCUUGAUGCACGAUCUAUGGCUGAUGAAACUUUUGAAAGUAACGAACAGUACAUCACUGAUCUACCACAAUGCGAAAAUGAAUACGUUAAUCGAUGGAUUCGAGAUGUUAAUCAAAAUGUGAAUAGAUCAGCCGGUUUUUAUGAAGAAAUCGAUCCAAAAUACCGUUCCUUAAUCGGUAUCGAUAAAGUUCGACGACAUAUUCAACAGCGUUGGUUGAAGGAAUUUUAUCAAGCUGCACCAACUCUCAAAGCGACAUUGAACCAGCAACUCACUUAUGCGAAUGAUAAAUAUGAUGCAAUAUUGAACGAAUGCCGAUUAGUUGAUCCGACAUUGAUUCGUGAAUCUUAUUUGAGCUAUUUAAAUGAUUUUCGAAAGACACUCGGUCAAUAUGCUGCAUGUUUACCCGAAAUAAAUGGUUACUUUCCUGUUAAAAAAUGCGGCACUACGUAUCAAGAAGUUGAAACAGGCUUUAAUAAUUGGUCACGACGUCAACAACUUGUCUGGCGAGCUUAUCUUAGCGAUGCGCAAUUGAAGAUGCGUGCUAGUAGUGAUGAUACAGAUGGUCAACACUUAAUUGAUCAUCUUAAUUUGAAACUUGUUGGUGGAAGUCAAUUUGGUAGAUUGCAUCAAGUAUUUAUCUAUAUGGUUUUAUCAUUCAAACCAGAUGAACUUACUCGAGAUGAAAUAGUUACACUAGAAUCGUACUUAUAUGGAGGUUUGAGUACAAGUCCAAAUGUGGAGAAAGUUAUGCGUGAUACGAUAGUUCGUCUUAUUCGACAUACGUUUGCUAUUGGUAUUCCAUGGUUUGCACAAAUGCAUACUUAUUUAAUUGAUACUUUUCGAAUCAAUGUUACUCGAUUAUUACUUUCACAAAAUCGCUAUGCACAUUUAGCUAAACAUACAUCAUUUUUGAGGCUUGUUGAACUUGAUUUUCAUCGAAAAAUGCGAGUAAUGUUAUCUAAAGCUGUUCAAGCUGUACGCAAUACACGCCUAUCUUGUAGUGCCUAUGUUCAUUAUGAUGCAACAGCAUGGAUGAAAAAAUUAACAUUUCGUAUACCAAGUGAAAUUCCACAUGGAUUUUAUUCUCAAAAUAUACCGAACAUCUAUGUGAAAAAUACAACGACAACAAAUAAAACAACCAAUCAAAAUGAUACAUAUCAUGAAGCAACUAUUGGGGAUAUAUUUGCUAAUAUUAAAAAACCACAUAUACUGGAUUUUAUUUUUGGUUCUGAUUCUUAUUUAACAAAUAAACGUGAUCCUCGGACAGGUUCACAUCAUGAUAGUGUACGUAAAGCUGUUCAAGAAAUCUAUGAAGUUACAUCUGGUCGUCUAACGAACGAUAUAAUUAGUCAUUUCAAUUCGAAUGUAAUCGUGGGUAUUGUUAAUUAUAAUCAAGUUGAAGCUUUUUCGACACGAUCGAUUGCUAAUAAAAUAGUUCGUACUUCCGACAUGGAUAUUGUUCGCAUGGCAAAUGUUGAAAUAGAAAAAAUAUUUGAAAAUCUCGAUUAUUGGAAGCAACAAAUUGCAGAUCUUACACAAGCAAGUGUUCUACUCGAUGCAGUGACACAACAAUUGGUAGGAGAAACUAGUAGUCAUGAUCUAGAAAUCGAUGAUCUAAAAGAAUAUGCUCAACGAAGUGCUCAAAUGGCUAUCGAUUUAUUGAAUAGUCAACGUGAACGUAUUAGUAAAUCGUUUAAUAAAACAUCACUAACAGAUAAUCAGAAUCAAAAUGAUGAGAAGAAAUUCGAAAUGAUCGAUAAUGAAGAUGAUGAAACCUAUGAAGAUCGCAUCUUUUUUCGUACGAUUGACCCAAUAACAUCUGGCAGUUUUCUUCGACGUAUUUAUCAACAUCAUGAUCUAGAAGAUAUACGUUCUAGUUUACUCGAUGGUGAUGAACUGGAUCAGGACACCAGUACGCCGAAAGCAGAAGAGCAUAUCAAGUUAAAUAUCAAUCCAACAAUGAAUGAAUCAGAAGAACCAUUGGUACAGACUGAAAUUUCAAGAAAAGAUCUUGGCAAUGAACAAGAGAAAGGUAAUGCAUGUUUAUCAUUUUAG